AUGGGAGGACCAACGGUCGCGCUACUGCUUUUGUCUGCGGCGGUUGUGGCGGUGAGCGCACAAGCGUGCCGGGAGACGAAGGUCGCGGUGCUAGGGGCGGGGUUGACAGGGAUAGAGGCUGCGAAAUCAUUGUCUGAGGCGAAUAUUAAGGACUUUCUGAUACUGGAGUACAACGAUGAGAUAGGCGGCCGCGUCAAGCACACGACGUUUGGGAAGAAUGCGGAGGGCAAUCCAUACACGAUCGAGUUAGGCGCAAACUGGGUGCAGGGACUGGGGACGCCCGGGGGUCCUCAGAAUCCCAUCUGGAUUUUGGCUCAGCGCUACAACCUCACAAACACCUACUCCGACUACUCCUCAAUCGAAACUUUCUCCACCACGGGCGCCACCAACUUUACCGAGCUACUCGACGAGUUCGAAGACGCGUAUGCAUACGUGGAGCAGGACGCGGGGUACAUCUUGACAGAGGGCCUGCAGGACCGCAGCUUUCGAAGCGGGUUAAGUCUGGGUGGUUGGAAGCCCAUGCACGAUGCAGCGAAGCAGGCGGUGGAGUGGUGGGAGUUUGAUUGGGAGUAUGCCUUCAGCCCUGAUCAGAGCUCACAGGAAUUCGCAAUAGUGAACUACAACACGACGUUCUACCAAUUCUCAGACGGAAAUAACUAUGUUUUCGACCAACGCGGAUUCAAUAUAUUCAUUAAGGGAGAGGCGUCGACAUAUCUGACUCCGAACGACUCACGGCUGCUACUGAACACCGUCGUUACCAACAUCGCAUACAACGACAGUAAAGUAAGGAUCGAUAACGCCGACGGGAGCUGCAUCACUGCGGACUACGCGAUCUGUACCUUUUCCCUCGGUGUACUCCAGAACGACGACGUUAGCUUCACGCCUCCCCUUCCCCUUUGGAAGCAGCAGGGCAUCACGACAUUUGACAUGGGCACGUAUACGAAAAUCUUCCUGCAAUUCCCGACCAACCAAGUGUUCUGGGACACAUCUUACCAAUUCCUGCUGUACGCUGACCCUACUACGCGCGGCUAUUACCCCGUGUGGCAAAGCCUCGACGCGGAGGGCUUCCUCCCUGGCUCUGGCAUCCUCUUCGUCACCGUAGUCGACGACCAGAGCUACCGCGUCGAAGCGCAGUCCGACGAACAGACCCUCGCGGAAGUCAUGGCCGUCCUGCGCACGAUGUACCCGAACACAACCAUCCCAGAGCCGACCGCGUUCUACUACCCGCGGUGGACGCAGGAGCCGUGGGCGCGUGGGAGCUACUCGAAUUGGCCGCCUGGGACGACACUGCAGAUGCACCAGAACUUGAGGGCGAAUGUGGGCCGCGUGUGGUUUGCGGGUGAGCAUACAAGCCCGGAGUACUUUGGGUUCUUGCAGGCGGCAUACAUGGAGGGCCAGGAGGUCGGGCAGGCGGUUGCAAGGUGCGUGCUGGGACAGUGCGUGCCGGAGGUGCAUUAUGAGGAUUUGAGGGGGACCACGCAGCCUGGCGACUACAACCCGGCGAAUGGGUGGACUGUCUCGUCGUUCCUAACAUAUGGUUUUGAUUAGCUGUACGCGUGAAAGGAUACAACAAGGUGACUGGGCGCUUUAUUACGGGUGCCGUAUGAUAUAUCGUGUUUGUAGUAAAGCAUACAGUCACUUCGAACGGUGCCAUACAGG